AUAAUUGAGAGAAAGAGAGAGAGAGAGAGAAAAUAUUGUAAAAUACAAAGACAACAAAAUCAGUCUCUGGGUUUUGCUCGUUUCUCCAUUUCUUAUUCUUCAUCCAAACCACUCCCACCCACCACCGAUCUCCGCCGCCGCCCGCCGCCGGGGGAAAUCUGUGGAUUAUCUCUUAAAUAAAAAGGCUGAGUUACAGUCAAUCCUUAAUUGGACCCUGGAUUUUAUGGUAUUUGUACCAUGGAGCUUGUGUGUGAGUAGAUGACUUUUUCUUUUAUUGUCCAUCGCUUUGUGCUUGAGAGUCAAUAUGCAGAAGAGUGGGAGUCUGUCCAAGCAUAGUUCUUUGCGACUCACAACUCAGCAGUCACUUCGUCGUCUCGGUAUUUGUUCUCAAGUUUCAACGGCACAACAAACAUCGCCUGUUGUCUUUCCAGAAAAACGUGGUAGUAGAGGGAAGGCCACGAAAUGUGGUGAAAUCAGUGUCAACAAUGAUGAUACAAAUGGGGCUAAGAGGACAGAACACAGGAUUGAUGUUGGAGAUGAGCAAUCUGAUUUGCUUGGAUAUGAAGUUUUCACUGGAAAACUUGCCUUGGACAAGACGAAAUCCAGUAAGGAUUCCGUGGUACAAACUUCAGAGAAUUCCAACUCGGAUGCAGUUGAUGCUAAACUGACAAGCAAUGCAUUGAUUUGGGGUUCUAAGAUGUUGCAUCUGGAUGAUGUGAUUUCGUUGUCCUACUGUGUUGGGCUCAGACAUUUUACUGUGCAUGCAUAUCCAUUUAAAAAGGGUUCAUGCCUUUUAAAGAAAAGUGGGAGAAGUCGGAAGGACUUUCGUUUUUUUGCUUCCACCCCUGAGGAUGCAAUCCAGUGGGUCAAUGUAUUUGCAGAUCAGAAGUGCUAUGUGAAUUGUCUGCCUCACCCUAUGGCUUCUAAGAAGCAGAGUUCAGAUUCAAUUUUCAAUGAGUUUCCUCCUGAGUCAUAUAUAAGAUGUAAAAGUCCACCGAGAAUGCUCGUCAUUUUAAACCCUCGUUCUGGUCGUGGCCGUUCAAGCAAAGUUUUCAAUGGAUUGGUAGAACCUAUAUUUAAACUUGCGGGAUUUGAGUUAGAGGUUGUCAAAACAACAUCUGCAGGUCAUGCUAGAAAGCUCGCAGCGAGUGUUGAUUUCAGUACAUGUCCUGAUGGUAUUAUAUGUGUAGGAGGAGACGGAAUCAUAAAUGAGGUUUUGAACGGAUUACUUAGCAGGGAGAACCAGAAAGAAGCAAUUUCAAUCCCAAUUGGCAUCAUACCUGCAGGUUCUGAUAAUUCUUUAGUCUGGACGGUUCUUGGGGUCAGAGAUCCGAUAUCUGCAGCAAUUACAAUUGUUAAGGGAGGUCUUACAGCCACUGAUGUUUUUGCGGCGGAGUGGAUCCAUACUGGAGCUAUCCACUUUGGGAUGACUGUUACAUACUUUGGUUUCAUUAGUGAUGUAUUGGAGCUCUCGGAGAAAUUCCAGAAGCGGUUCGGCCCUUUGCGCUAUUUUGUUGCUGGUUUUCUCAAAAUUUUCUGCUUGCCCAAGUACAAUUAUGAAGUGGAAUAUCUUCCAGUACGGACUGGCUCCGGAGAUGGAAAAGCUUCUGAUGGUCAUGAAACCUUGGAAAUGUCAGAGCUCUACACUGAUAUCAUGCGUAAAUCAGGCAAGGAAGGUCUUCCUCGGGCCUCCAGCUUAUCAAGUAUAGAUUCAAUAAUGACCCCAAGCCGAAUGUCUGGAAAUGAUUUUGAUACGACCUGCAGUAGCAUUGAGCCAUCAGACUAUGUGCGAGCCAUUGAUUCAAAGUCGAAACGACUCUCAGUUGGUAGAAGCAACGUGACAGCUGAGCCAGAAGUUAUCCACCCUCAGCCGCCACAUUCGGUCACUCCAAACUGGCCCAGGACGAGAUCCAAGUCGAGGACGGACAAAGGCUGGACUGGCACAAUCACCAUAAAUGAUUCCACCAGAUGCUCCUGGGGCAAUGCAACUACUUAUGAUAAAGAAGAUAUCUCUUCGACAUUGUCGGACCCUGGGCCGAUAUGGGAUGCUGAGCCUCGAUGGGAUUCUGAGCCUACCUGGGACGAACAUCCUAUUGAAUUGCCAGGGCCGCCUGAGGGCAAUGAAGCUGUUGAGGAAAAGGAAAUCACCCCUCGACCAGAAGAGAAUUGGGUGGUUGCGAAAGGUCAAUUUCUUGGUGUCCUUGUAUGCAACCAUUCUUGUAAAACCGUCCAGAGUCUGAGUUCGCAGGUCGUGGCGCCCAAGGCAGAGCAUGAUGACAAUAGCUUGGACCUUUUACUGGUUCGUGGUAGUGGGCGAUUCAAGCUGUUGAGAUUCCUUUUGUCUCUGCAGACGGGUAGUCACCUUUCCUUGCCAUACGUCGAAUAUAUUAAGGUGAAGUCUGUUAAAAUUAAACCCGGGAAGCACACACACAAUGGAUGUGGCAUUGAUGGUGAGCUGUUCCCAGUAAACGGGCAGGUAAUCUGUUCACUACUUCCCGAACAGUGCAGCCUCAUUGGCAAUCCGUCGUCUUCUAGCCUUUGAUCAGCAAUCCGUCGUCUUGAAGAGGUGAAGGCGAUACUUGAGAGACUUGGUUUUCGUUGGUGCAUGUUUGGUUUUUCAUUUGACAGAGUUUGAGGUCCCUGUAGAUUUUAGUCGAUGCUUCAUUCUUUCUAAACUAACUAUCACUGUAUCGGGUCGUAUGUACCCUUGCCCAGUUGCCUGGGGACGUGCUUAUACACGCCUAGCUAAUAGGAAUGUAGGCCUAAAUCCUUCAAUCUCAUGUAUUUUUCAUCGAAUUGCCUCACAUUCCAGAGUUGAUCUUGUUUGUAAUUUUCUCUUCCUUUUCCCCAUGAAAUCCUUAUGCUGUAUAGAUGUGCUGAGGAACUGUGAUGUUUGUAUUAUAUUAUAUUGAUAUUUCCUUUUUUUGAUGAA